UAGCAUUGAAUCAAUUACAGGUUGCUAUUGCAGAGGCGCAUUUGUGUGAGCGGCCGUGGAGCAGGACGCAGGAGCUCAGCACAAGAGAGAGGAUUACUACUGCUUUACAACUAAGGACCCUUGGGGUGACUGGAGUAUUUUACAAGAGCUUUGCCAUUCAAUUUUGGUUGUUCUUUUAUCAAAAGGAAAAAACAAAAGGAUUAAAAAAGCUGAGCACGAUUUAAGGGACCAUGGGGAUUCUAGAGACACAUCUCGUUCUUGGGAUUGUCUUACUAGGAGUAUUCACAGAUGUUUCAAAAGCAUUUCUGACUUUGAGUUCAGAUGAAACCGAAUUCAUACUGAAACCUCAGUCUGAAUUCAACAUCACAUGCUUUGGAGAGAGAACGGUUACCUGGGCUGAGCCAUUACCGGAUAAUGUAAAAUUGCACUCCGGAAUAUAUCACAGCACUCUGGUGAUCACUCAUGCUACGGUCGAUAACACACGUCACUAUACCUGCUUAUAUGAGGAUCAACACGAAAACCUUCUGGAUAUCUACAUUUUUGUUCUAGAUCCCGAGGUGGCAUUUGUUCCCUCCGUUGAGGCGGACGAUAUGGAUGGCAUAAUCCCCUGUCGUGCUACAAAUCCACAUUCUCACGUGAUUCUCAGAAGCCUGGAGAAUGGUGAUGAGGUUUCUGCUAUGUAUGACCCCAAAGUGGGUUUUUUGGGCAUGUUGGCACCAGGUCGCUACGCGUGUGAGACGAGAGUCAAUGGAAAAGCGGUGCAGAGCAUCGUUUAUAAUAUGCCAGAAGAGCCCGAUGAAGAUGAUGAUGAAGAUGAAGAUGCACAGCAUGAUUUAAGCAUUCACUUGAGCGCCAGUAUGGAGGUGUUGACAGAGGGAGAUGCUUUUAAUCUCACCUGUGAGACUCCACCUGGUGAGGCUUUCCACCAACAGUGGCUGCAUCCACUUGAACAGGCCAGAGAUGCAGUAAGUAUGAAGGUUGUUUUCCCAGACAAAGUCCUGUACAUCCUCAACAUACCGAAAGCCUCUGUGGCGGACAGUGGACUCUAUGAGUGUGCUGUUACAAACCAAUUCACUGGACAAACCAAGUCUGUCAAUUUGGGUGUCACAGUCCACGAUAGCUUAUUUGUGGAAGUUAUAUCCAAUGGCAUUGGGCCCCUAGAGACUGCCUCGCUUCUGGAUGAAAAAGAGUUCACUAUUUACAUUGACUCUGACCCCGAGCCAAAGGUAAUGUGGUUCAAAGAUGGCCAUCCGUUGGAUAACAGAUACAUCACCUCCAAGACUACACAUCUGAAUGGCCUCAGGUAUGAGAACAUUCUGGUUCUCCGCCAUCCAACAGAGGAAGACAGUGGCAUUUAUGAAAUCAUUGCGUCUAUUGGCUCCAAGAGUUCAAAAUUUUCAUUCAAAUUGUUGGUAGAAGUUGUAACCCCAGUGUUGCCACAGUCUCUAUUGGCUCCUGUAAUGUGGCCCCAGAGAGAUACCGUGGAGGUGACUCUCCACUCCACCUUCCGACUCACGUGUCGAGGUCAGGCGAAGCUCACCUGGCAAAGCCCCAUUGAACUUCAUGAUGAGACACAUACUGAAAAGAAAGGACUCUAUAUCUCCACUGUGUCCGUUGACAACGCGACAGCCAGCCACACUGGAGAGUACUCUUGCUCUUACGACACCGGUGACACAGACGGAGACGAGAGUACCAUCUACGUUUAUGUGCCAGAUCCAAAUACACCGUUUGCCCCAUCCAUCAACUUUUUUGAUCACCACGUGAUUUCAACUCACGACGAGAUGGAAAUCCCGUGCCUUGUGACCGAUCCCAGCACCAGCGUCUCUCUGGUUCACAAAGAGACCGGUCAAGUCCUGUCCAAUGUUUAUGACAGCAAGAGAGGAUUCGUUGGCCUCUUCAGUGCCGGGACAUAUGCCUGUAGGGCUCUCAUCAAUGGACAGGAGCAUGACAGCAUAGAGUACAUUGUUCAUGGUUGGGCAGUAGGCCCUGAGCUGAGGGUUGAGCUGAAGGCAGAGAAGAAAGCUCUGCUGAUGGGUGAAACCAUCACCGUCGAUUGUGUGGCCAGAGGCAGUGAGAUGUUGGAGGACCACUGGAAGUACCCUGGAAAAUUGGCGGAUCGUGGGUCAAAGACAGUGAAGGAGAAUAGGAAAGAUCUUGAGAUCCACUAUACACUGACCGUGACUAACGCCUCAGUUAAGGACAGUGGAGUCUAUGCCUGCUCCAUCACUGACAUUUCAAGCAAUGACAGCCAAACCAAAGAGCUUACCAUCACCGUCUAUGAGCAUGAGUUUGUCUUCAUAGGUCGAGCGUUUGGUCCAGUGGAGACCGUUACGCUGGAUGAGGUGCCAGAGUUCAGGAUUAACAUAGAGUCGUUACCCGCCCCCAAAGUGACAUGGAUAAAAGACGGCACUGUUCUGGGAAACAUCGCUGCGGAGAUCAGCACCAGGCUCGUGAAAACCGGCGAGACCAGUUACCAGAGCGUGUUGACGUUGAUCAGAGCCAGAUCAGAAGACAGCGGGAACUACACUAUCAAAGCGCAAACAGGCGACUUGACUUCCAGCCACAGUUUCUACCUUCAGGUUAAAGUUCCCCCUGUGAUUCUGGACCUGAUGGAUAUCCACCAUGGCUCAGCUUCAGGUCAGGGUGUGGUGUGUACUGCCCGCGGUUCACCCGUCCCUGAAGUCGACUGGUUGAUCUGCAAAAACAUUAAACACUGUGCCAACGAUUCCUCCCAAUGGUUCCCACUUCAGAACAACUCCACAGACAUCAAGGUGGAAUUGAAAAUGGAUAACAACAACAUUGCCAGUCAGGUCAACUUCGGCCAUCUCGAAAGCACUAUUGCCGUGCGCUGUCUGGCCAGGAAUGACAUGGGCGUCGUUGCACGGGAAGUGAAGCUGGUGUCAAACGGUCCACAUUCGGAGCUUACUGUGGCCGCUGCUGUUCUGGUGCUCCUGGUCAUUGUCAUCAUCUCACUCAUUGUGCUGGUCAUUAUCUGGAAACAGAAACCACGUUAUGAGAUCAGAUGGCGGGUCAUCGAGUCCGUCAGCCCCGAUGGUCACGAGUACAUCUAUGUCGAUCCCAUGCAGCUUCCCUACGACUCCCGCUGGGAGUUCCCCCGAGAUGGGCUUGUUCUCGGUCGUGUCCUCGGCUCAGGAGCGUUUGGAAAGGUGGUGGAAGGCACCGCUUAUGGACUGAGUCGGUCUCAACCUGUUAUGAAAGUGGCUGUGAAAAUGCUUAAACCAACGGCACGCUCCAGUGAGAAACAGGCGUUGAUGUCAGAGCUGAAAAUCAUGACCCAUCUGGGCCCUCACCUUAACAUUGUCAACCUGCUGGGAGCAUGCACCAAAACAGGACCAAUCUACAUUAUCACAGAGUAUUGUUUUUACGGAGACCUGGUGAACUACCUUCAUAAGAACAGGGAUGGGUUUCUCAGCCGCAACACAGAGAAGGGCAACAAAAAAGAUUUAGACAUCUUUGGCAUCAACCCAGCCGACGAGAGCAGCAGGAGCUAUGUCAUCCUGUCGUUCGAGGGGAAAGGUGAUUAUAUGGACAUGAAGCAGGCUGACACAAUGCAAUACGUCCCCAUGCUGGAAAUGAGCGAAGCCUCGAAAUACUCGUCCAUCCAGAGAUCCGAUUAUGACCAUCCGCCCUCUCAAAGACAGUUCAAUGAGAGUGAAGUCGAGAACCUGCUCUCAGAUGACACCAAUGAAGGUCUGUCAACGUUGGAUCUUCUCAGUUUCACCUAUCAGGUGGCUCGAGGGAUGGAGUUCUUGGCCUCUAAGAAUUGUGUGCACAGAGACCUGGCUGCACGCAAUGUCCUGCUGUCUCAAGGCAAGAUAGUGAAGAUAUGUGACUUUGGGCUGGCCAGAGACAUCAUGCAUGAUAACAAUUAUGUCUCCAAAGGAAGUACCUUCCUUCCAGUGAAGUGGAUGGCUCCGGAGAGUAUUUUUGAUAACAUGUACACUACAUUGAGUGACGUCUGGUCUUAUGGCAUCUUAUUGUGGGAGAUCUUUUCUCUUGGUGGGACUCCUUAUCCGGGUAUGGUUGUGGAUUCCAGCUUCUACAACAAGAUCAAGAGCGGAUACCGAAUGACAAAACCCGAGCACGCUUCUGAUGAUGUCUAUGAGCUUAUGAUGAAAUGCUGGAACAGUGAACCAGAGAAGAGACCUUCCUUCCACGGCCUGAGUGAGACAGUGACCUCCCUGCUGCCCUCUGGAUAUAAGAGGAGCUAUGAACGUGUGAAUCGUGACUUCCUGAAGAGCGAUCACCCUGCCGUGACCCGAGUGCAAUGCGUCGACAAUGAUGAUGAGUACAUGGGUGCGCUCUACAAAAACCAGGGCAAACUAAAAAAUCGCGAGAGUGGUUUUGAUGAACAGAGGCUCAGUUCUGACAGCGGUUACAUUAUUCCUUUGCCGGACCUUGACCCGUUGUCAGACGAAGAAUAUGGCAAGAGGAAUCGACACAGCUCACAGACAUCAGAGGAAAGUGCCAUUGAGACGGGCUCCAGCAGCUCAAUGACCAAGCGUGAGGGAGAGACCCUGGAGGACAUCACCUUGCUGGACGAGAUGUGCUUGGACUCAGGAGACCUGGUGGAGGACAGUUUCCUGUAAGAGAAAGAUGUAAAGAGAGAUAUUCCUCCACAGACAGUUGCGUUUUCCAGGAGCCUCCAAGUCAACUGAUAUCUCUAUGCAUUCGUCCCUUUAUUUCUCUUCACCCUACUUUCUUGGAGCCUUCGAGGAAUACACAUUGCUGUGUGAAUGUCAUUGAGCCUAUGGUUUUUUGGAUUAGACACCGCCCUCUAGAGGUCUGGAGGAAUGAGCUGUGUAGCACAAGACUAUAUGAGCACUCUUGAUGGGGACUCUAAUGAAGCUAAGACCAACGAGGAGGGAAAGUGGAGGAUAUACUUAUGUCUGUGUAUCAUUUUUGUAUGUUUGAAAUAUGUUUAUGUGCGUGUGAGUGGUUUGUAUGGAACUUUGUUGUGAUGGGCAUUCCGGUCAGCAAUAAGCAGAUCAUAUCAAAGACCUGAGUGAGUCAACUUCUACCUUCCAUCUGAGCUACGAAAGAACCACUACAGACAUUUACUACACUACAGACAGCUCUUAACAGGCUGGACAACUGGGAAAAACAUGAUCUAUGGUUGGAUCACAACUGUUUUUUCUUUCCUCACUAUCACAGUUCUGCAGGAUAUGCAACUUAAGAAGACCCUGGACUACAUAUAGGUUUAAUGUAUCAUCAGUUCAUGUAUGGUCAGUGUCUGUGUGUGACAGUUUGAAUUUUAUUUUUUUACUCUUUAGAUAUGGAUAUAUUAUUUGUGAAUAUUGGGUUGGGUAGGGAGAAAUUUCGUAGACAUAAAUGAAAUACAUGGCUGACUUGCAAGUCAUUUUUGUGACUUCAACCUUUGUAAGAUGUUAUUUAUGUCAUCGUGUAAGGCCAAAGGUUUUACCUAACUGUCCAAAUGGUAUAUGAACCAGAGCUUUCUGUUUUCAUAACGUAUGUGUCAGUCUGGUUUUCUAAGCUAUGCCAAUGUUACAAUCUUACAUUUGUACAGUGUGCAGCAAUAUGUUAUCCUGUGAAAAUGGCUUUAGCAAGAGCUCUUAUGACUCAUUACAACAAUAUGAAGUCACCAUCCUUAAUACAAUGACUAGAAUAAGCUGGAAUGGAUAUGUUUGUUACAUAAUUUUGGCUCACCUUAUCAAUAUCAUUUCUUGACAUUUUUUUAAACGGCUUAUCAACUGUCAUGUCAUCUUUUGCGCUCUUAUAGUUUUCAAAGCUUGUACCACAGUAAUGUUGAAUUAUUUGAGAUAACUAAGAAAAAACCUUUUUGAUAUUCCGUGAAAUUAUCUGCAAACUAGUAUACUAGACUAUGCAAGUGCUUUUGGUUUAUGUUUGAUUCCCCCCAGAGUCUUGGGCAGGUUUUAUCUUGUUUGGAUUGGAUUUAUAUAGGCAUUUAGCCAGAGAUAAUCAUGCCUUGACAGGCUUGUUAAUUUAUUGGCUUGUGAAGACCACCCCUAAAGCAAAACCACAAUGAAAAUUUACACAAGAACCUGCAUUUCAGCCAAAUCCUGUACCCGUGAAGCGUCUUGGACACAGUAUAUAUUUUUAAUGUUGAUGUUAUACAUCACUGUUCAUUGUAAAUGUGUAUCAUUGUUUAUCACAAAUUCAGCAUAUCACUGCCUUUAACCCCCCUCCCCUCAGUCUAUUCAGCAUAUCACUGCCUUUAACCCCCCUCCCCUCAAUCAUCACCCUCUACUGUGAUAUAUUCCACGGGCACGGUCAUGAGGAGAAAAAAACUAUUGCACUUUUUAAAACUUCUUUUUUAAAUAUUUUAAUCUAAGAGUUUCUUUGUUCAGCUGUGUGUAGACAUUCUACAUUUUGUCUGUGCUAAAAAUAUAAAUGGUGUAAAUUUAAAGAGACAGUAGAUUGAAUGUUUUUGGAAGAGAUAAAAACAGGAGAGGUAUGAAGUAUAUUCUAUGGUACAAUAUGUGUAAUUCUAGGCAGUUAUUCUCUUAACAGAUGUUAUCCUUUUGCUAUGAAAUGCAUUAUGACUAUGUACAUUAAGAAGAUUUAUAUUUCAAUAAAUGAGA